CCGGAUUUUCCGCCCGCGCGUGCGCAGUAGCCUGCAGACUCGGAGUUGUAUUUGAAUGAGCGACAGAGAGUUCUGAAUCCCUGCUGUGUCAGUGGCCUUGGAGGAUUGUGAUUUGUACCUGUUGAGAUCCUCCCUCUGUGUGGGGCUGUGUUACAGGGAGAUCGCUUUGGUUUUCUAAGUAUUGAACAGCCUAUUUUCAACACUCGGGUCACUUCCCAAGACUGAUCUUACCUGAGAAGGAAGACCAGAGGAGGAGUAAAGCAAGGAGUCAGAAAUGACUCGUUCCCAGGGACGGCUGACGUUCCGGGAUGUGGCCAUAGACUUCACUCAAGAGGAGUGGGAAUGCCUGGACCUCAGUCAGCGGGAAUUGUACAGGGACGUGAUGUUCGAGAAUUACGGGAGCCUGGCCUCCUUGGGGCUUGUCUCUAAGCUGGACCUGGUCGCCUUUCUGGAGCAAUUGAAGGCUCCCAGGAAUAUAAGGAGAAUGGAGACAACAACCAGUUACCCAGAAUCCCUGCUGUGUCAGUGGCCAUAGAGGAUUGUGAUUAGUACCUGCUGAGAUCCUCCCUCUGUGUGGGGCUGUGUUACAGGGACCUCACUGUGUUUUUCCAAGCAUUGAACGGCCUGUUUUCUGGGGUCACUUCGCAAGACUGAUCUUACCUUAGAAGGAAGCCCAGAGGAAGAGGAAAGCAAGGAGUCAAAAAUGACGCGUUCCGAGCGUUUCAGAUCCCUGCUUUGUAUUGGAAAAUGGGAAGCUGUGAAUUUAAAAAGAAGACUUCAUGAUGAUUUGAUUUUUUUUCUUCCUUGAUGUAAUCUGCCUCUUCUAGGUAAGUGCUAAUUCUAUAAGUUCUGUGAUAUAAAAUGGUGUCACCCUCCUCUUCAAAUCAAUUUCCACUACUUACUUUUGCCUUGUAGUAUGUGACCAGAAUGUCAGGAUCUGAUUUUUAUGUAUUAGUUAGUGUUGUAUAGGUGCUUUCAAUAAAGUAUUUGGGGAAAUCUUUUUCUAGGCUGUCUUAACAUUCUACCAUGCAUUCUCUUCUCACCUGGAUACAUAUUAGAUUGGAAAGUGGAAUCCCUAGCAAAACAAAUAUUCCAUUCUCUGAUGAACAGGUCUUGUGGUCUCUAAGGUAGACCUGGUCACUUUUCUGGAGCAAAUGAAGGAUCCCAGGAGUAGAAGGAGAAUGGAGACAAUGGCCAUGUACCCAGGUACGUGUCAGUGGAUGGAGCCGAUGGCUCAGGUGAGAGGUCCAAGCAUCAGCGAGGAAGUCAUUCUGUGUCCUGUGUUUUUGGAAGAUCUGCUUCAUUGAAAACGAUUUAGGAGAAGUCUGGAUUUAUUUCUGUUUCUGUCAUAGACGGCUAUCACCUGCUGUCUUCUUCCUGUUAAACCAUGAUGAAAUCUUGUCUGGUGAUUACCUUUCUCUUUCACAGUGAGAACUAAAAUGCUCUUCUUGGCUUGUGACAACCUGCAUGAAUCUGGUUGCUGUUUCAUUUCUUGAGAGUCCUAAUAAAACUGUGCACAUUUCUGAGUAACUAUGAUGUUCCAUUUGUCAAAUAUCAGGUCUUUCUAUAAAGAUACUCCUAUUGGAGAGAAGACUUAGAAUUGUGGUGAAUAUGGUAAAGUUUCUAAUCAGUCUUCAGAACUUAUUCAACAGCAGACUCUUCAGAAUCCACAAAAAGAAAACAAGUGUAAGAAAUGUAUCAAAGUCUUUACUCACUCAUCCAAUCUAAGUAGAGAUUGGAUAAUUCAUACAGAUGGGAAACCUUUCAAAUGUACAAUAGUUGGCAAAUCCUUUAGUAAGACUUCACAUCUUAGUCACCAUCAGUGAAUGCAUACUAGCCAGAAAUCUUUAAACUUAUAAAUGUAAGGAAUGUGGCAAAGUGUUUAUCUAUUGCUCAAAUCUUAAUCGACAUCAGCAAAGUCAUACUGGGGAGAAACCUUUUAAAUGUACAAAGUGUGGCAAAGCCUUUGAUCAGAACUCAAAUCUUACUUAACAUCAGCAAAUUCAUACUGGAGAGAAAACUUAAAAAUGUAAGGAUUGCGGCAAUACAUUUCACCAGAUAUCAAGUUUACUCAACAUCAGUGAAUUCAUACUGGAGAUACACCUUACAAAUGUACAGAAUGUGGCAAAGCCUUUAUCCAUUGCUCGAAUCUUACUGAACAUCAGCGAACUCAUACUUGGGAGAAACCUUAGAAAUGUACCAAAUGUGGCAAAGCCUUUACCAAUAGCUCAGGUCUUUCCCAACAUCAGAGAAUUCAUACUGGGGAGAAACCAUGCAAAUGCAAAGAAUGUGGCAAAGCCUUAGCCAGAGCUCAAAUUUUUCUAAACAUCAGCAAAUUCAUACUGGAGAGAAACCUUACAAAUGUAAGCAAUGUGGCAAAGCCUUUAUUCAGAGCAGUGAUCUCACUCAACACCUGAGAGCACACACUGGAGAGAAGCCCUAGUAAUGAAACAAGUGAUGGAAGAGGUUUGCCCUAAACAUACAUCAGAAAGCAUGAGCGUUUAU